GUCUGUGUGCUCUUUUCAGAGCAAAGUGUCACUAGAGCUGGACGCAAAACCAAGGAUAUCUGACGUUUUUGUACCGUGCAGGUUUAACACCACCAGAAGUGUCUGUAUUCAACCCCGUUUUUGCCUGAGAACGCUAGUAUGUAGCAGGAGUGGGAUCUUACUGGUUUAACAACCGGUUCGCUAAGCACGCGCUUUGCACACGUGUGCAGUUUGGAGAAAACUCAUCUUAUGCAUUGCUGCCAAGGAAAACAGCUGAGGCGUGGCAACCCAAUCUGCUGCGCCGAUCAGCUGGGCUUCGGAAAUGGAAAUAUAGUGCAUUUGAAGAGGUAGGAACCAACAUCUCCACACCAGAAAGGCUCUGAUGGCCAGCAACAACACCACCAGCAUAGCACAAGCAAGGAAGCUGGUGGAACAGCUCAAAAUGGAGGCAAAUAUCGACAGAAUAAAGGUAUCCAAAGCUGCGGCAGACCUGAUGGCGUACUGUGAAGCCCAUGCCAAGGAAGACCCCUUAUUAACUCCUGUCCCUGCUUCAGAAAAUCCAUUUAGAGAGAAGAAGUUCUUCUGUGCCAUUCUGUAAAUCUCACAGGAGCCUGACUCCAAUUUGGGCUGCCCUGGACACUGAUGUAGAGAUUUUUCAGCAACGUGGACCAGUUUCUAGAGUCCACUUACUUUAAGAAAAAUAUAUCAAACCACCUGGAAGUUUACAGAGAAGUGCAUGAUUUAAAAAAAAAAAAAAAAGCGAAUUCCUGCCUUCUUUGGAGAACGAGUUAAUAACGAUGUUGACCUACAUCAAGAGGCUAAAGAUCUUGACAUCUGCAGAGUUGCCUUGAGGAGGAGGAGGGAGGGGAGGGGGGAAAUGUGUAAAAGUGUACAUUUAAUUUUCACUUUUGCUCUGGCCAAGCCAAACUCUGUUGGCUUUCUCUGAAACAAAAAUGAGGGUGCGCAGAGCAAGGUUGCGAAUGACGCAAUGGGGUAUGUGUAUGUAACCUCAAUUAUUUUGUUUUGCUUUUCCCAAAUGUCACUCUUAUUUAUGUUGAAAUGUAAAAUAAUUGCAAUGGA